CACAGCAGACCUGUCCCUUUAACCCAGAAAAGAGCAGGAAAACAGCAGAGUCAUUCUGCAUUUGGAGCAGUAAUGGAAGCAGCCUGUACAAAAUCUUUUCCACCCAUCUUAGAUUACAAGACAGAGAAAUACGUGCUGACAAAGAACAGGAAGGUCGGAGUGUUUCUUCGCCUGCUUCAUCUGGGCAUUUUAUGUUAUAUUAUUGGGUGGGUGUUUCUUGUAAAGAAGGGAUAUCAAGAAAGUGACUCUGAUCCUCACGCUUCUGUGAUAACAAAACUCAAAGGAUCUUCAGUCACUAAAGACCCCGGGAAUAUCAGCAAAGGCUGUGGGAUGUGGCAGACUUUGUAAAGCCUUCUCAGGGAGAAAAUGUCCUUUUCUUGGUGACAAAUUUUAUUGCCACACCACGACAAGUACUAGGUUUCUGUCCAGAGAGCCCAUUGAUUGUAGAUGGUAGGUGUGGAGAAGACCUGGACUGUCUACCAGGAGAACAUGUAGUAAAUGGAAAUGGUGUGAAAACAGGACGAUGUGUAGCACUGAACAGUACUCAUUCCACCUGUGAGAUAUACGCCUGGUGUCCUGUUGAGAAUGAAUCAUUGACAAGUGUAUCUUCUUUAGUGCAGAAGUUAAACAAGAAUUAUAGUGCAUUGGGUAAGUA